CUCCCGAUGGCAGCAGGGCCUCCUCUAGUCGGAGCUCUGGCAGUGCCAGCCUUACCCACAGCAGUCACAUAGAUGGCUCGGAAGAAGAGAGCGGGGUCAGAGAGAGACGGGUGUCAGGCACACCAUCCAACCAGUCAACGCACCAGAGGACUCAGUCAGCAUUUGGAGACUGUUCUUUCCAGAGUCCAGUGUUGGGGGAGAGUGCCAGCAUGUACUACCAGUCCCAGUCUCCACAGAGGGACGGCACCAAGAGUCAGGAGCCCAGGGCGGUGGAGGACGAUCAGCGGUUUUAUCAGGAUCUACUGGGCCAAGUGAACAGCCGUCUCCAGGGAUCAGUGAACGAGGAGGUAAAAGAGGAAGAAGAUCGAAGCACCUCGUACACACUGCGAGAGAGACACAGCUUGUCCCCUAGACAAGUGUCCCACUGUCAGUCCCAGCAGUCAUCCCCUAGCCCUGUUCCCGUCAGCUCCCGGAGGCCGGAGCCCAAAGUAGAGCAGCAGUCAGGAGGAAGGGACCAGGUGCUCCACGCCACGCUGCGCCAGCUGCAGCAGCUAGGGGUCAACGUGGACCUGGACUCUGCCGACCCCGGGGGCAAGACCACGCGCAGCUCUGUAGAGAGUGCCAGUACCCUGGCCGGCAUCAACCCAGAGGCGGUCAUCAGCAGACUGACCCUCCCAGAGUCGAUGGGGACCAGCAUGUGGGGCGGCAGCGUGGACCUCAGCCUGGAGGCCAACGCCAUCGCCCUCCGAUACCUAAGCGACCAGCAGCUCUCCAGGCUCUCUGUAGGGGGAGGGCAACAGCCCCCCAGGGCCCGUCCCAGGUUCAGCCCCUGCACACUGCUCUCAGAGAAGCCCCCAACGGAGAAGAGCGCCAUGGGACAGAGCAGUAUUCUGUCUCCGAACAGCAUGUCUUUAGCCACCCGCAAGUACAUGAAGAGAUACGGGCUGAUAGAGGAGGGGAGUGGGAGUGAGGAGGAGGAGAGGGCCGAGGGGGAGCAAUCGGAGAUGGGAUACACUGUACAGUUCCAUGUUCAACCGGAACAAGAAGGACUAGGAGAGUGGGAGCACAAAGGUUUGGUUCUGAAAAACAUCACAAACGAGUUGCCCCACUCCGACCCUGUCCACCCCCAGGCACUGCAUGCAGACUCUCAAAGCCAGCUACUCAGAGACUUGCGUCCUAAAAUGCAGCUUUUGGCCCGCGGCGCCAAACACAGUUUGGAGAAGGAGAAUGGCGCCAAACAGCGGCCAUCUUUUGGAAAAAUGCAGAGGGAGUGUCCUCAACCAGAAGGGUCGAUGGGAAAUUUCUUGGACCUAAGUAGACUUCGACAGCUGCCGAAACUCUUCUAAAGGACCCAUGGGAACUAAUGCAAAGGGAACUCAAAAUGACAAAUGAAAUGUAUUGUCGAAUCCAUUGGGAUUUGUCAGUUUGCUUGUUUCCUUAGUAAGAGGUUUUUAAAUGCUUCCAUACAUUUUUGUUUACAAUAAAAACAAUUAUGCCUCUUUAUUUUAAUCUUCAUGGUGCUCAUUGUAAUGUAUAAAUGUGUGUGUGACCGCUGAUUGACAGAGAUUGUUACCAAAUCACCACAGUGCUCUUUU